AUGGACCAAAAUGACAGCGGCACAGCUGGCAACAUGGUAUUUCGACGCGGUUAUGUGCCGGUCUCGGAAAUACCAACGAAUUCGACACAGCAGACUGGAAUUGCGAUUAUUUUUCUCAUGAUGUCUCUUGCUUUCGUCACAUGGAGUGCCCGCAUGUACUCCAGAUUUAGUAAGAAGCAAAUCGGAAUCGAUGACUGGUUCGUCACAGUCGCAAUGCUAUUUUCCAUCGGCCUGCAUGUUCCUUAUUACUACUUCUUCAGAUACGAAUACAUCGGCUUCCAUACUAAAGAUCUUCCCAAGAAUUAUGACAUCGAGCCUGUUUUAUUCUACAACUGGAUAAUGCAGGUUCUUUACAACCCUAUCCUGGCUCUUGUAAAGUCAUCAAUUCUUUUCUUCCUUCUUCGACUUGGAGGCCAUAACCGUGGCAUUAAAUGGGCCAUCUAUGGCUUGAACGGAUUCAAUGUUGCGUUGAUGAUUGCAAUAUUUUUGACAGUGGUAUUCCAAACUAUUCCAAUCAAUGCUUACUGGGACCUAUCUAUAAAGCCAGAGCGUCAGAUUGAUGGACCAGUGUUCUACAUCUCAUCGGCUAUUAUUACAAUCAUUACAGACGUUCUUGUUCUUUUAAUUCCGUUUUGGAUUUUCAUUGGUCUCAAGAUGCGGAUCGCUGCGAAGCUAGGUUUAAUCGUGGUGUUUCUCAUGGGCGGCGUAGUAACGAUCGUCGCUAUUCUUCGUGUGAUCGAACUGUAUAAGAAGUUCUACAUCAAAGGGUACGACUCUAGACACUCACUUGGUGACACUCUGAGUAGUAUCGAAGUCAAUCUCGCCAUCAUUGCUUGUUGUGGCCCGGCUCUGCGCCCACUGUUUCGCAGAAUGUUCCCUCGUCUAUUUUCCGGGAAAAGUACGAAUGACACUGGAAAAUACAACACGCCAAGUCGCUAUGGAAAUGGCACAGCUGGCGUGUCGUCUUUUCAUCUCAAGGAUAUGCACCGAAGCAGAACACAGACUGAGAUUCGUGGAUAUUCACCUAAUGGAAGCGAAGAGGAGAUCAUGACAUAUAAUGGCAUUCUCCGAACGACUGCUGUGGAUAUUAAAUAUGGCGAUGCACAUUCGACAGACACUGACCAAGUGGACAAAGGCGUGAGAGGACCUACGCCACCGUGA